ACUUCAAUGUCCUACGAUAAAUAAGUCUCAUGUAUUCGUUGAAAUAAAAGUUGUGUAAUGAACCAUUAUACAGUAGUAAUAGUUGAUCAAUUGUAUUCUAGUGGAAUCAUUGAAUGAGUAUAAUUUUUGUACGUGCAAUUGUCUGUGGUCAAAAAACAUUAUGGCAGAAUCGAGAAACAUAAAUUUAGAAUUUUUACAAACUGUUAUAAAUCAAACGGACCCGGGAAUAGUAGUUAGAAAUUUCAAAACGACGUUGGGAUCACAGAGAGGCGAUAAUUAUGCGUCUAUGGUCUAUAGAGUUAAAGUAUAUGGCGAUGAUGAAUGGACUAAAUCAAUGGUGAUCAAAUUGUUACCGGAAAACGAACAAGUACGAGAAAAUUUUAAAUCAAAUAUUCUGUUCGAAAACGAAAAGAAGUUUUACAAAAUCGCUCUCAACGCGCUUAUGCAAUACCAAGGGUCUAAAAACCUAAGAGAACCGUUUGAUAACACGCCCAAGUGCUUUUUCGCUGAAAAUGAUGUUAUCGUUUUAGAAGAUAUGCGUUGCGAUGGAUACCAAACGAUGGAUAGAAUGACACCACUAGAUUUGAACCAAUGUCGAGAAUAUCUCAGGGUAUUAGGGAAGUUCCACGGGUUAUCGUUGUCGAUGAAGGUGAACGAACCAGAGAAGUUUGAAACUUACGUUAAGCGAGCUAUCAGUGAAGUUUUUUUUACAAAAGAUAAUGUACCUUGGUAUAGUGGAAUGUAUAGUCAAUCCGCAGAAAACGCCAAGAACACUCUCGAGUCCGUCCUGAAUGAAAACGAAAAAGCAAAAUAUUUGAAUGUAUUUCAAAAAUAUGUAAGCCACGGUUCGCUUUUUGAAUACCAUUCAAAAUUAGUAGCAAAGCAAAAUGCAUUAUCUGUGCUCUGUCACGGAGAUAGCUGGAAAAAUAACUUUCUCUGUCGAUAUUCGGACGACGGUGGCGUAUGUGAUGUAAAAAUGAUCGACUUCCAAAUGGUAAGAUAUGGAUCUCCGGCGUUAGAUCUUGCGCUCUUACUAUAUAGUUGUACUAGCGCAGAUUUACGGAAAAAACAUCUACCCAAACUGUUACAAGUGUAUUGUAAAACCGUGGCUGAUGUUUUGGAGCAAACAAAUUGUUUGGAUCAUUACCCUGAUAUCGAUCAGAAGUUAAAUAACGAAUUCCGUGAGUUCACUGAAUUCGGUUUAAGAGAAGCUAUACUGUGGAUACCGUUUAUAUUGAGUGACGCCGAGGACACUCCAGACAUAUACAACGAAAGCCCUUUAGAAGAACAACCCAUUGCUGGACCAACGUUUCCAACUACAACGUGUGGUAAAACUAAACAGAUUAUCGUGGACUUGGUUACACAAUUAGUAGACGAUGGAUAUCUGAAAUAAUAUAUAGUAUUCACUGUGUGAAACGUGCAUGCAAUUUGUUCAAUAUACACUAUUAUAAUCAAAAUUUUAUAAAUAUUUGUUGAUUUUCAAAACGGGCCUUUUUAGUUUGUUAAUUAUUAUGCUAAACGUUCAACCCAACAGUACUGUGGUCUGUGAACAUCAUUAUUAUGAUUAAAAUAUGUCGUAUA